AUCAAAGCAAAGGCCCAAACCAGAUUGACAAGUUUAUCUAUAAAUAGAAAUAGAAAUUAAAAUCCAUUACUCAGAAACUCUUCCCUCUCCUGCUAACGGUAGCUUUGACGCCGUUUAUUUUUUCCCGCUUUCACACAAACAGUAUGUCCCGUGUGGUAGCAGCAGACGACAACAUGUCGUUACCGUUCUUCUCCCCGGAGCCUAACCAUCUCUCCACCUUCUCAGCCACUUCUUCUUCUCCAACCUUCGCUCAGCUUUUGAAGAACGUCGGCGACACGACGACGGUUGAGCUCAACGAUCAUCAGCUUCACGUUGAUAUGGAUCUCGCCUCCCCAAACCAAUCCGUACCGUUCCAUCUCUCCUUCAACGACCUCACUUACAGCGUCAAAGUCCGCCGCAAGUUCACCUGGAAACGCGCCCCUUCCGCGGAUCCCACCGUCGGAGAGAGCCUAUUCUCUUCCAAGACGAAGACGCUUCUCAACGGAAUCUCCGGCGAGGCUCGAGACGGAGAGAUCUUAGCCGUCCUCGGAGCGAGCGGCUCCGGAAAAUCGACGCUGAUCGACGCCUUAGCGAAUCGAAUCGCGAAAGGAAGCUUGAAAGGAAACGUGACGCUAAACGGCGAGGUUCUCAACUCGAAGAUGCAGAAAGCGAUCUCGGCUUACGUGAUGCAGGACGAUCUCCUCUUCCCGAUGCUCACGGUCGAGGAAACGCUGAUGUUCGCGGCGGAGUUUCGUCUCCCGAGAAGCCUCUCGAAAUCGAAGAAGAGUCUCCGAGUACAAGCUUUGAUCGAUCAGCUCGGACUUCGAAACGCCGCGAAGACGAUCAUCGGAGAUGAAGGUCACCGUGGGAUCUCGGGAGGUGAGAGGAGGAGAGUUUCGAUCGGAAACGAUAUCAUCCACGAUCCGAUUCUGCUUUUCCUCGACGAGCCUACCUCGGGACUUGAUUCGACGAGUGCUCUCAGUGUAGUUAAGGUUCUCAAGCGAAUCGCGCAGAGCGGGAGUAUGGUGAUCAUGACUCUUCAUCAGCCUAGCUAUCGUCUCCUUCGCUUGCUCGAUAGGCUACUCUUUUUAUCCCGUGGACAAACCGUCUUCAGCGGAUCGCCCGCGAUGCUACCGAGUUUCUUUGCUGAGUUUGGCCACCCGAUUCCCGAACGCGAGAAUCGAACCGAGUUCGCUUUAGACUUAAUCCGAGAGCUCGAAGGAUCAGCCGGUGGGACGAGGAGUUUAGUUGAAUUCAACAAAGAGUUCAGACUGAGAAAAGCAGAGCCAAGAACUCAGACCGGUCUAUCUCUUAAAGAAGCCAUCAGCGCUAGCAUUUCCAAAGGGAAGCUCGUCUCCGGAGCCACCACGACGAAUGCUGGCUCCGGAUCGAGCCCUGUUUCCACCAUUCCAACGUUUGCGAACCCGUUCUGGGUCGAACUUCUAGUUCUAGCCAAACGUUCCAUGACUAACUACCGCAGACAGCCUGAGCUGUUCGGGAUACGCUUAGGAGCUGUUCUAGUCACCGGAUUCAUCUUAGCAACCAUGUUUUGGCAGCUUGAUAACUCCCCUAAAGGAGUCCAAGAGCGUCUCGGAUUCUUCGCGUUCGCGAUGUCCACGACGUUCUACACCUGCGCAGACGCUCUGCCCGUUUUCCUCCAAGAACGCUUUAUUUUCAUGAGAGAAACCGCUUACAACGCUUACAGAAGAUCCUCCUACGUGCUUUCUCACUCUCUUGUUGCCCUUCCUUCGUUAAUAAUCCUCUCGUUAGCUUUCGCAGCGACUACGUUCUGGGCCGUGGGGUUAGAUGGAGGCCUCAUGGGCUUCCUCUUCUACUUCCUAAUAGUCUUGGCAGCUUUCUGGGCAGGAAGCUCCUUCGUCACAUUCUUAUCAGGCGUUGUCCCGCAUGUAAUGCUCGGUUACACCAUCGUGGUAGCCAUCUUAGCCUACUUCUUGCUUUUCAGUGGAUUCUUCAUCACGCGAGAUCGUAUCCCUGCCUACUGGAUCUGGUUCCAUUACAUCUCCUUAGUCAAGUACCCUUACGAAGCUGUUCUGAUAAAUGAAUUCAGCGACCCGACAAAGUGUUUUAUCAGAGGAGUUCAGAUAUUCGACAACACCCCUCUCGCGGCUGUGCCUCAGGGGAUGAAAGUUAAGCUUCUGUCAACUAUGAGCAAGUCGCUUGGUAUGAGGAUCACGAGCUCCACUUGCUUGACCACAGGGUAUGAUAUUUUGCAGCAGCAAGGCGUUAUGGAUCUCAGCAAAUGGAAUUGCUUGUGGAUCACGGUCGCUUGGGGGUUCUUCUUCCGAAUCUUGUUCUACUUUUCUCUGCUUUUGGGCAGCAAGAACAAGAGGAGGUAAAAACGAAACUAUGCUUAAUCUAUGGACUGAUUUGAACUUUGUUUUACUUGUAUCCCGUAUUUUCCCUUUAUUCUUUGUUGUAUAUCUUUUAUUAUUCUGUUGGUAAAAUUGUUCAAAAUACACCAUUUGAACAUAUUCUAUGAAGAAUCAUAUGACAUGUAUGCUGAAAGAUUUGCUAAAACCAUGGUUAAGGUUUAAGACAUGGUCUCAUCACUGAAACACAUCAUCCUCUAAAAAGCUUCAUAAACUUGCCUCAGAAAUAAGAACUAAAUACAAACUGACACAAUUCCAAAUUCAGCAUGAUGAACUCUCUCCUAGUUCCCAACACUUUAUGCCCUCAUUAACAACAUCUACUGAUUAAACCAGGCAAAAUUCCAUGGCAUGAAUCUUUCACAUGCCUACACUGGAGAAGCAACAACAUCAAUCAGAAAUAUUCUUUUCCUCAUGGUGAGAUGUACCUUUGAAGUUCAAACUCACAUGAAGUGAGAAAAAAAAAA